UUUUAAAAUUUUUAACAAUAUUUUUAAAAUUUUAGUUUGUUUUAUUUUGUUCAUUUUAAAAAUUGAUCAUGUUCGGUGGCCAAAUUAGGAGCUCAUUAUUAGCAUCACGUCACAUCUGUUGGGCUGGCCUUAGUCCGUUAGCCUGCCGCCUGCAAGUGCGGCGUAACUUUAAGGUAUCCCUUGUUGGAGCUGCCGGCGGCAUUGGUCAGCCGCUGUCCCUGCUGCUAAUGAAUAACUCGAUGAUUACGGAGCUGGUUCUGCACGAUGUGGUUAAUAUUAAUGGUGUUCGUGCCGAUUUGUCUCACAUUUCCACAGCGAUUGAUGUGAAAGGCUUGCAGGGUCCCGAACAGCUAGAGAAAGCUGUCAAAGGAUCCGAUCUGGUUAUCAUCACAGCCGGAAUGGGACGUGGACCGGGCAUGAAACGUGAACAGUUGUUCGAGAUAAAUGCUAACAUUAUUAUCCAAACGGUUAAUGCAAUUGCCAAAAACUCGGCGCAUGCGCUAAUUGCGAUCGUUACGAACCCAAUUAAUACGCUGGUGCCCUUGGCCGCCGAGGUUCUCAAAAGGAAUGAGGUAUAUGAUCCGAAUCGUUUGUUUGGUGUCACAACAUUGGAUUGUGUGCGUGCCGAACGAUUUAUUGGCGAUUAUUUGAACAUUAAUCCCAAGGAAGUAAAAGUCCCUGUUAUCGGUGGACACUCUGGUCUCACCAUAAUGCCCAUCCUUUCGCAGUGCAAGCCCGCCUUAAAUGCCAAUAAGGAGUGCCUAGCCGCUCUUGUCCAGCGCAUCCAGAUGGCCGGCGAUGAGAUUGUUUUGGCCAAAGAGGGCAAAGGGUCGGCCACCCUUUCGAUAGCAUAUGCCACCCAUCGUUUUGCAGAUGCCCUUCUGAAGGGCCUGAAGGGCGACAAAGCACCGAUCGAGAGUGCCUAUGUGCAAUCCGAUUUGACCGAGGCAUGCUUUUUCGCCACUCCGCUUAGCUUUGGCCCCAAGGGCAUCGAGCAGAACCAUGGCCUACCCGAGCUCAAUGACGUGGAAAUGCUGGCAUUAAAGUCGGCGGUUAGGGACUUAAAGAAGUCCAUUGAAAAGGGCAUCAACUUCGUGUAGUUGAGUAGAGCACCGAUUUUAAUAGUGUAUUUCGAAUAUCGAAUAUAUAAGCAUAUACAUAAAC